ACAAACGCACGCCUCCCGCUUCCUUGUACAGCACCGAGUAUAAAAGGGGUGCGUGCUAGAGACGGUAAUCCGUCUGAGUUUACACAGCCAGGGACAAAGAAGGAUGCCUGAGGGCUUCGCCUCCGUGUUGUACAGCGAGCCGGCCGUGCUGGGCCUCCUCUCCAAUGUAAUAAGUGCUUUUUAUGUGGCCCUGCAGAACUUUGCACAUGUAGCCAGCGGUUUGCCAGCUGUAGGCAUUGAAAACACUCUUGCAGGUGUGCACCUCAUCCUUAUAGGAGGGAUUGUGCAGCUAGUGGCGGGUCUUCUCACCUUCAGAAAAUACGACCACUUGGCUGGAACAACAUUUGUGGCAUUCUCUGCAUUAUGGAGCAGUUAUGGUGCCACACGCAUUGUAACAGGCGUCACCGAGUCAAUAACGUUCGAAAACAGCACCUAUACUCUGAACUCAACGGAUGCAUCGAAUCUGACGACACCACCUCCAGUUAGCCAAUCAGCGGUAGCUGGGCUGGUGGCCUACAUCAGUGUGGCUUUCAUUGUGUCUUUCUGCUCAGCCACAGCCAACUACAUCAUGCCUUUUGUAUUUGGUGCCAUCACUUUGACGCUUGUGUUUGAAGCAGUUGGCCUGUUUUCCACUUGGGCACUUGUAGUUGCCGGCGUCAUACAACUCAUCAUCGUCUUUUUUGGCUUCUAUGCAGCCUCUGCCCUACUCCUCAAAGGAAUCUACCAGCGCCAUGUCCUGCCAGGAUUCGGCAAUGCUCUGUUUGAUGUGCUGCUUUUGGGUGCCAAAAGCAAAGUAUCACAAAAGAAACAAGAAGGGAAGGGGACAGAGGAGGAGAAAAAGAAGAACAGCAAAUAUGCUGAGCCUAUGGCACUGGGCAACAUGUCUGAUGUCAUUUCUGCAGCCAUCCUGGCAUUUUACUGCUUCCACUACAUGCCCUCCUUCCAGGUUGGGGUGCUGUGGGUGAGCAUUAAUGCCUGUGCCCAGCUUCUUGCUAGCUACUAUGCUUAUCUAAGAAAAGAUGUCUUCUACACCACCAAGUUUGCCUUGCAUGCUACCUAUUGGCUAGUGCAGACUUGGGAGGAGUUCAUCACCUCAGUUCUCCUGAAAGAUGCCAACGUGACAAGUGCCAGGGCAGCAAUGGUAGGAGGCUGGUUCUUCCUAGUAGCAGCCUUGAUCUUUUGUGUUCUGUCUCUGAAUCGAGACAAGACUGAAUUGUUGCAAAAUGUCCUUUUUGCCUUGCUUACCAUAUCGACCCUGCCUCAGAUUUCUGGCCAAGUUCACUACACCUUCUUUGGUGUGAGUUGCUCCCUAUAUGCUUUUUUCUGCCUCUACGUCUCUUUUGUCAGCCUCAUCAACUCCAUUGCCGAAAAAGCUCUGAUCCCGCUAGGGGUGAGGAUGGUCAACUCUGUGAGGCUGCAGAGAGUGCUCUUCACCCUUGGUCACUGCCAUCAUCCAUCCCAAACUCCACCAUCUUCAGAGGGUGGCGCAGAGAGCCACACUCAGCUUCCUGAUGCCUUGUUUUACCUUUGCAAUGGUUUGGCAGCCUUCUCAGCACUGCAGAUCUCCAAAGUGGACUCACUGCAGGCACACCUGAGUGUCCCAUGGGUGCUCAUCCCUGGUACAUUAAUGCAGCUCUAUGUGUCACGUAUGCAAGUUCAAGGGGGAAGGAGAUUCGGACCGACCAUGCCGUGCACCUAUGCUGCUGUCUGGGGCUGUUGGACAUGGCUCCGAUUUGCAGGACCCAUGCUGAAAAUCACUGAGCCAUCUUUUCAUGGGUUUGGUGCUGGUGCAGUAGCAUUUCUCGUCAUUAAUGCGUUUAUCAUCAUGAUCGCCGUCUACUCCAACCUGCUUCUCCUGAUUCUCACCAUCACAAUGGAAGGAAUUCUUGUAUGCUUUUUGCUAUUCUGUCUUCACCGACUACCCCUCCAACUUGAAGUUGCAUUCUUGGUCCUGUUUGCCUUUGUCUGUGCUUAUGGCAUAGCUGCGUCACUCACAAACUACCUCUUUGAAAAGAUGUUGCUUCCCAUUGGCCCAUCGCUCAUUCAGGCUGGCAAAGGGAAGUCAAAAGAAGACCCUCCUGUUCCCUGUCCCACAGCGCCGUCCCACAUCACCAGCGGCCUGCAGACUAUUGCCCGAAUCUUGGAAGGAGGUGGUGUGUGUGGCAUCCCUUCAGACACAGUCUAUACACUGGCUGCCUCUUGCAAACAUCCAUCUGCCAUUGAGCACAUCUAUAACAUCAAGGAACGGCCAUUAGAGAAGCCCAUCUGUCUAACAAUUGGCAAUCUGGAACAGUUAGAAGCCGUGUCUCCACCAUUCAGCCCCCUGCUCUGGGAAUUCAUGCGGAAUGUCUACCCUGGUGGUAUCGGCUGCAUUGUCAGGAAGGGAGAGUGGCUUAAAAAACUUGGAGUGGGAGCAGCUUACGACUACGUUGGAACCAGAGACAGCAUCAUGAUACGCAUUUCAGACCUUACCGUGACUGCUCACCUGCUGGAUAUGACGGGCCCCUUGGCGAUCACCUCUGCCAAUCCCAGUGGGCAGCCAGAUAGCACCCACCAUGAUAUGGUUGUCACGCGUCUGGGACAUAAGCUCAAUGGAGUCCUGUGCGAUGGAGACUCAACGGAGUUGGUUUCCUCCACGGUUGUUAUCUGUACACAGAUUGAUGAAGGUAUUGACGUAUUCCCCUUUUGUGUUUCUGUACCGACUUGCAAGCCAAACCAUCUUACCUUUCUGGCCCUCAAGUUCUAUUUCAGCAAUGUGGUACCCCUGGAAUAUAACAUUAAGUUCCAGAAUGCAGGAGCUAAUAAAUGGCCUCGUCGUCUGCUGUUACUUCAUAUUUAGAGAUUUGUUAGUAGAA